CUUAUGAAAUUUACAAGCUACGAACGUUCAUUUCAUGUAGGUGGAGUUGUGACCAUAUGAUGGGUAAGGGGUCGCAUGCUACAAGAUACAACCCAGGUUAUUCAAAGAAGGUCGAGAGCACUGAAGCACUCGAGAGAGUUCGAAUGUGGAGUAAAGUACUGGCCGCGACGUCCGCACCUUUCAUUAUCAUUAUCCGAGAAGAGUUCGGUCGAAGAAGCAGAAACGUUGCUACAGCCUUAUCGCGUGAAUGUUAAUGUUAAACCGAGGUUGUGCGAGGUGCUUGCGCUUGCGACAUUCAGGCCAACCGAGCCACGAACUUCACGGACGACUGUUACAGGGCAUAACCUGCAAAUAUGGUGCUGCAGCAGGGGUGCUGGAUACCAAUCGGGAAUUCAGAACAGACUUGUCUACCCCCGACAGCGAUUCCGUACUCCCGUCACAGGUUCAGGUCGUGAUAGCGGGCGCAGGGACAGUUGCAAACUCCGUAGCAUACCACCUUGUACAGAAUGGAUGGAACGACGUGCUCGUCCUGGAACAAGGCCGGGUGGGCGGCGGGACUUCUCAUUUCGGAUCUGGAACGCUUGGCUUGUUCAAGCCGAUAGCUCAUCGCAAUAUAAUAAUGUACAGUUUAAAAUUAUACCGACAAUUGCACGAAAUGGGAUUUGACAUUGGCUUGAAAGAGUGUGGGAGUGUUAAUCUCGCUCAAACUAAGGAUAGAAUGAUCGCCCUGAAGAGGAGAAUAGCUUAUAAUGUUCCGACAGGCUUGCACUGUAAGCUUCUUGGCAAAGAAGAGCUAAAGAAGCUACAUCCUUAUUUACACGUUGAUGAUUUGGAAGGAGCCGUCUGGGUACCUGAGGACGCUGUCGCUGAUUCCAGUGCCAUAUGCCAUGCCUUGGCAAAGCUUGCAAAACAGGGUGGAGUUCGUUACAAAGAGGAUUGUCGUAUUGAGGAAGUCUUUACUGAAAAUGGGGCUGUUAAGAGUCUCACAACUGAUCAAGGCAGUAUUGUUUGCGAAUAUUUCAUAAACUGUGCAGGAAUGUGGGCGAGAGAGUUGGGUUUGCGAUGUAAUCCUCCUGUGAGAAUUCCCGCAUAUCCGGCAGAACAUUUUUACGCAGUUACACCAUCUUUGGUGCCUGAGAUAAGUUCCCAUCUGCCAUGCGUAAGAGACUUUGACGCAUAUUCGUAUGCUCGCCAAUGGCAAGUAGGUGGUCUAAUGGUUGGGUGGUUCGAACGAGAAGCAAAACCAGCCUUUGGUAAGGAAGGAAAGGUUCCUGUUAAAGACUGGCAUCGCCAUUUAAAGGAUGACCCACAACACUGGAGACCACUUUGGGAAAGAGCAAAGCACCGUCUUCCUAUAUUGAGAGAAAUGGGAGAUCCUACGAUUUACAAUUCUCCAGACAACUUUACUCCAGAUGGACGUUGGAUUCUUGGAGAAAGUCCAGAGGUGAAAAAUUAUUUCGUCGCUGUUGGUAUGAGCGGAAAUUCGUUGCAGGGUGCCGGAGGUAUUGGAAAAGCAGUUGCUGAAUGGAUGAUGAAAGGUGAACCUGCGCAAGAGUUACUUCCGUUUAAUGUACAAAGGUUCUUGGAUUUGCACAACAACAAGCAGUACCUGCAACAGAGAAUUAAGGAAGUAGUUGGUCGCCACUACGCCAUAUUAUAUCCGCACCAGUGCGAGUACAAGUAUGCCAGGAAGUUACGCUGCUCACCUUUAUACUCAGUGUUAGAAGAACAGGGUGCAGUAUUUGGCAUAAAGAUGGCGUACGAGAGACCCCUCUACUUUGUUUCAACUUAUCGAAGAGGUGAUAAAAAACCUGAAAUGCCUCCGGGCAGUUUCUACAAACCAAAAUUCUUUGAUUUCAUGAAAGAAGAAUUUCACGCUUGUCGUGAAGGUGUGGGAAUAAUCGACAUGAGCUCGUUUUCUAAAAUCGAAAUUAAGUCGACGCAUGCCGACACAAGGCGUAGGGCUUAUGGUUCAAUUGUUGACGAUGGGUCAAGUCGCUCCGAAGUUGUCAACUAUCUGCAGCAGUUAUGCUCGAACGAUGCAAACAUACCUGUAGGCACCAUAGCUCAUACAGGAAUGCAAAACGAGAGAGGUGGCUACGAAAAUGAUUGUAUGCUGGUACGCCAGAUGGAUAACAGUUUUUUCAUGGUUUCCCCUACAUCACAACAAACACGCAUCUACCAAUGGAUGUCCAGACAUUUACCCUCCGAUCGUUCUGUGGGUUUGAACGACGUGACGUCUAAAUAUACCGUAAUCAACGUUGUCGGUCCAAAAGCAACUGAAUUACUCUCAGCGUUAUCCAAUUCUGACAUCAACCUCUCUCCAUUUACGCACAAGAAGGUAAACGUUGGAUAUGCGUCUGAUGUGAUGGUGAUGGCAUUUACGCAUACUGGAGAGCCUGGGUAUUGCCUGUACAUCCCGUCAGAAUAUGCUUUGCAUGUGUAUGCAAGAUUGAUGGCGACUGGGAAAGACUAUGGAGUCCGCAAUGUGGGAGUACUAACGCAACGGUUCAUGCGAAUAGAAAGAUUUAUUCCAUUCUGGGCUGAAGAACUAAGCCCAUAUGUAACGCCUUAUGAAGCUGGAAACGGAUACAGUGUUAAAUUAGACAAAGAAUAUUUUAUCGGCAAAUAUGCGCUUCAGCAUCAAAAAGAACAAGGAGUGAGAAAGCGAUUAGUCCUUUUUGUCUUGGGUGGUCAACUCGAUCCAAAUAAAGAUGUUUGGCCGUGGGGUGGUGAACCUCUAUAUCGUGACGAUAGAUAUGUAGGGACGGUCACGUCGGCAGGGUAUGGAUUUGCUACUGAUAAACUCAUUUGUCUGGGUUUUAUCGGGCUGCCUGGUCACAGACACGAAUGUAAUGAUCCAGGUCCAAUAACAACAGAGUUCAUAAUGGAUCCAAAUGCUCGUUACGAAGUCGAUAUUGCAGGACGAAGAUUCCCUGCUAAGCCACAUGUGCAUCCAUUGUCUGCACCGGCUCUCAACAAAGUAAACAAAAAGUAUACACCCACACCAGUUCUCACAUGUGGAAGUGAUAUUUUGCUUUAAAUACCACGUAUACAGUAGGUUUACUAGCAACUUUUUCUUGGAGGAUAAAAUUUCUAUUGAGUGUGUUUUUGUUAUGGGUAACGCAUAAGUCGAAAAGAAUACUUAUGUGCGAGUUUACCUGUGUAAAUAUGUAUUGUUAUUAACGCGUACGCGACCAUUGUAAUGCGAAUCCCAGACUAAAGUAUAAAUUUGGUAUUUUGAAUAGGAUUUUUCUCAACUGUGGGAAAUGUAUGUUUAUAGCAAGUUUUUUUGAUGUCAA